AUGGUCCUGCUCGCUGGCGUAUACGCCCUCAAUGAAAUCACCUCCUUGCUUAAACUAGCAGGGAGCAUAUGGCGCCGCCCACCUGGUUUGUAUUGGCGGGAUGUGCUCACAAUACUGCUUCAGCUGCUUUCUUACAGGUGGUGGGGAAGCCGCCCAUGUCCUCCUCUUAAGCAGGCAGGUCUCGUGGUAGGGGCCCCUCUGCUGCUCCAGCUGCUUGCUUCCAGGUGGCGGGGAGUCGCCCCAUGUCUUCCGUUUAGGCAGGCAGGUCUCGUAGUAGGGCACCCUCUGUCCAGCUUAAGUAGGGCUGGUCGUCGCUUUUGCAGCCCCACUCAGCCUUGCUCUCCGACGAGCUUGCCUAAGGUUGCAGCUCUCGUAGUAGGGAGGGAUACAUACCGCUUUGCAAAUCCCGCUCGCCCCGGCGUUCAGUUCUGCCGCUUUCUCCCCAACUAA